AUUAGUUUUAGAUAAAGAUUUUAACAUCGUUUUAAGCUGUUUUCAUAUUUUUGGGUGAUAUUUUGUGUAGACAUCAUUUAAAAAAAUUUUUCUACGAAUACGAAUGUCGCCUACAGAAAAUAAAGUGAAUUUUGAGAAUAUAGGGUGACUAGCUAAAAAGGGGAAAAGUCAUAUAACCUUCCCUUUAUCUCUUAGAUCGCUUAUCUAAUAUGGUUUUUGUAAUUGAGAAAGUGAAACAAAUACCUCGAAUCAACUUGUUUUCUAACCUUUUUUACACUAUUCCAAUAGUUUCAUUUUCUUAUCCGCUAGAUACUUGUUCCUAAUAGUCAGUCUAAUGCAACUAGGUAUACUCCAACUUAAUGACUGAAAACGAUUUAUUGAUAACUCUCCAUUCCGAAAUUAAAGUAAGAAAUAUUGAUAGUGUCAAAAGAAAGAAAACGAGUUAAGUAAAGCCUUACAAUGUAGACACAUGUACUUCACCAUCCUUUGGAUCUCUUUUGGCAAGCCGACGAGCUAUAGCAAGGUCUUCUUAUUUUGUUUUAUUUGUCUGUUCACAGGAUUGAAAUAUCAAUGGCUUCCAGUCAAAGACUAGGUUCAUUAUACACAGGCCUCUUCCUUUUCCUUCUGUCGGUCUGUCGUUUGACUGCCCAAGUAUUCAGUGCCACUAAUUGCGAGGACAGCAGCUCCCAAGCUGUCCAUUCGCUCCUCUGUACCUUACCUAUAAACGUCAACAUCACACGUAAAGAGUUUACGGUCUCCUUCGUUCCGGACGAUGGUGCUGAAGUGUCCUUGGUGGACUGCAGAUGGCCUGGAGAUGGGUUUUAUUGCUUCAAGUGGAAAGGUGUGGACUGUGUGCAGCCAGUGUCAGACCGGGUCAGCAUCACUGUACCUGGAAGUGUUGCUUGCAAGACAGGACAAUUUAGAGUCAAAAUAUUUGACACCAGCCAUCUGGGCAAGGCAACCUGUCGUCCCGCCAACCAGCUUGAUGGACAUGUGGAUCUUGUAACGCAAGCCACAAACGAAGACAUGGCACCACCUAUAGAUGAAGAAACAGACUCAACAAUCAUGAUAGUUGGUGCAUCGGUAGCAGCUGCUAUUGGGAUGCUCCUGCUAGUUAUGGCAGUUGUUGUGUUCCUCAAGAGAAAUGAGGUUCGACUUUGGCUAAAGAAAAUGACUCCAGGUAAACGACCGAGAGAAACACACAGUCCACAGGUUAAGAGCCUACUCGACCAGCCAACCCCUGACCCCGAGGUUGUGUGAGGUCUGUGACGUCUGUCAGCGGUGACGUGCUUCCUGGCGGCGACGCUUCGGUUCACCUCUACACUGACAGGUCUUCAGCUCACCUCUACACUGACAGGUCUUCGGUCCUCUACACUAUAUCACUGUUAUGUAUGGUUGAACUUGCAUCGGAUGCCUGUACAUUUAAAUGCUUUGCGCGACAUGUGCUUUGACGAAUUUGAACUUUACAGAAUUUAAACUUCGCUAUGCGUUCAUGUGUUAGCCAAGGGCUGACUUAACUAUGUUUUUUCCUUUGGUUUUAUGUCCCUUAUGCAACCAGCUUAGAAUUAGCAUUAAAAUAAUGUGCGAUUAAUCUAAUCCAUUCAUUCAUCCAUCCGUACACACUUACACUUAUGAAGAAAAAUAAUAAUAUCAUCACAGUUUGAUUGUUAAUAUCUGUUAAAUAUUUGGAUUAUUUUUGAAAGAGCUGGUUGUAUCAUAUGAACUUUCAACAUGUGUUCUUCGUACGUUGUCAACAAACGUGAAGAACUGGUUUGCCAGAUUCUCAUCUGUAUUUCAGCUCUUGCAUGUCUUUAAAAGUUCAAAAGGUUACAACUAAAGACUCUAGAAUCCCACAAAACAUCGGUGUACACCCCCAACCCCCACCACCACCAAGUUCAACGUUUCAGCAAGGACAUGUGACAGGCGUGUGACACAUGAUGACACACGUGUGACACCUGUGUGACGUUUGUCAGCGGUGACGUGCUUUCCUGGCGGCGACGCUUCGGUUCCCCUCCAGCUGACAUCUGCCCACCCGGAACUGGACUUGCUGCCUUCUGUGACUUGUGGUCUGGAGAGGUUGGGACACCUGGGUUCCUCCAACACACCUCCAAGGGUGACUGUCAUGCUGAUCAUUGUUGAGUUAUUAUGUCGAGCGACAUGUCAGUUAGUGUGUUCAAUGUAGCUUGAGAAGGUCAGCAGUAGGUUUCAAUACAUUUUUCUCAGUUAGGAAAAUCAAGACAAUAAAUUCAGACUUUUGCGAAGUAUAUAUAUAUAGAUCAUCACAGAUUUUAAACAACGAGCUUGACAAAAUUAUUGGGAACAAAAUUUAUUGAAUUUACUUUUAUUUACGUUUUACACACGUCACUGUAGUGUGUAACCAAAUUUUUUUGGAGUUUGGAUAAAAAUACUUGAUAAAAGAUUAAUUUUCUCAAUACUUAUACUCUACACUUCAUAUCACGUGACCUUUUGUGAAGACAGAUUUUUUUUCAGAAGAAAUUGUCACUGAUGAUCAGCUAUUGCAUAAUAAUAGAACAAUAAAACUCUACCAGUAUGUAAGUGAUAUUUUAAUUAGCUGUUACUUAUCAUUGAUGAUUUGUAAUAAUUUGUUUGGUUUUAUGGCAGUAUUGCUCGGUAAUGUCUGCACAUCCUGUAUUUCCAUGUGAUUUGUAUGUUGCGCAAAGCUUGAUUUACACUUUGUUUUAUUAAACAGAUUUUCAAUGCAGUAAAUAAAAUUUUUAAUACGCUUUUGAAA